GAUCUGUAUAAAGUCACUCUCAAACAUGGGGACAGACUUGAACAUGUCAAAUUCUCCCUGGCACAGUUGUCGCUGCAGUUGCCCCAUGGGGCCUGGGAGGGUCUGGGGCUUCGCCUUAAGGGAAGAAAGCAAAGAUACCGUGAGGGGAAAGGACAGGGGCCUCCCCUCUCCCACGGGCCCGGCCUCGCCUUCACAUACGCCGUAGAGUCCGGCGCGGAGAGGUGGCAGUGACCGUCCACCCUCCCUCCGCCCUCCGCCCCCAUCGCCGCAAGCACGGUCGCCGCCCGCUCUCCGAGUCUCAUCCGGAACACUGCGGCUGCGCGGGGUGAGUUUCCGGCCGGACGCGGGCUCCUCCCCCCGUGGAACCCGCCCUUCCGCUCCCAGGGUUCCCGCCCACAUUUCAAACUGGGAAAAUGGCGGCCGUUUCGGAGUUGGUGGCCGUGUGCUCGCCGCGCGCCGUGGAAAGAGUAGCCGGGACAGACGCCCGGGAUUCGGUCUCCGCCACCCCCCGAGAGGACUUCCGGGUGCGCUGCACGUCGAAGCGUGCCGUGACGGACGUGCUGGAGCUGUGCGGCGGCUUCGUGAAAAAUCUCGGGGACGCGCUGCCAGAGGAGAUUCGGGAUCUGGCGCUGCGAGAAGCGCAGUGGACUUUUGAAUCAGCUGUGCAAGAGAAUGUCAGCAUUAAUGGGCAAGCGUGGCAGGAAGCUUCAGAUACUUCUAUGGAUUCAGAUAUCAAAGUACUUGAAGAUCAGUUUGAUGAAAUCAUAGUAGAUUUGGCCACAAAACGUAAGCAGUAUCCCAGAAAGAUUCUUGAAUGUGUCAUCAAAAUAAUAAAAGAAAAACAAGAAAUUCUGAAGCGGUACCAUCCUGUUGUACAUCCACUGGACCUAAAAUAUGACCCUGAUCCAGCCUCUCGUGGAGAAAAUUUGAAAUGCAGAGGAGAAACAAUAGCCGAGGAGAUCAGUGAGGCCAUGAAGUCCUUGCCUGCACUAAUUGAACAAGGAAAUGGAUUUUCCCAAGUUUUAAAGAUGCAGCCUAUUAUCCAGCUCCAGAGAGUCCACCAAGAAGUCUUUUCUGGUUGUUAUAGGAAACCAGAUGUCAAGCCAGAGAGCUUUGUAGCACAAAUAGAAACCACACCAACAGAGACUUCCACCAGAAACACCACUGACCUGGUACUGAAAAGAAAGCAAGCUAAAGACUGUCCCCAGAGAAAAUGGUAUCCAUUGCGGCCAAAGAGAAUUAAUCUUGAUACAUAAGCUUUUUUUUGUUCCUUGGGAGUUGAAAUUAGGCACUAUCAACAUUUAGAUUAUACCUCAAUGUAUGGCAGGACCUCAUUUAAAACAAACAACUCUUUAGUGAUUCCUUUAUACAAAUAUAGUAGCUCUAUGCUGGGAUAUGAUAUAAUGUUGUUGUAUUUCUUCUAUAGUUGAUGAAAAGCAUAUUUUAAAACCAUUGGCACAAGCCCAUCAAUGCACAUUAAGACUGUAGACUUUUACUGUCCUUAAAUGUCAUCACCUCUUACCUGCCUUCUAGAUUUUAUGGAAUUUCACCAGUCACAUAUUCUGUUGGGUUUUGGGAUAAAUGUCUUUCUUAGAAAAAACACUGUGUAACAGUUGUCUUUAUUUAAGUGCUGAAAGUAACCGUCCAUUCUGCCCAGGAGCAGAUGCAGUUGUUUUUUGGUUUUUUUUCGUUGCAGUUUGACUUAUCAGAUUAAUGUGCAGAUGACAAGACUGGCUUUGGCUUUGUUACUCCAAGUUCAGCUAAUAUGGAUUUGAGGGAUUAGUUUUAGGAAUUUUUUGUUUUUGUUUUGCUUUGUAAGACAAGACUAUUAUUUGUGAGAGACUUUGUUUUGGAAAUAAAAAUUGGCAUGUAGCUAAUGGUUCUUGCCCACACUUUUGUUUUCGAUAGACCUUUUAACUUCUAAACAUAAUUUGAUAGUCUGUUUUCAAGAUUUCUCAUUUCUUUGCAGACAAUUCCGGUUCACAAAUAUAUAUUAGAUUAACCCAUUAACAAAUUGUCAUUGUGGAACAAAGAUAGAUGCAAUCAUGCUGAACUUUUUUACAUUUAGGGAUGUUUAUAUAUCAAGGAUAUAAUAAUCAUUGCUAGAAGUCUGAGGAAGUUAUUUAUAUUAGUUGUAAGUACAACAUUUAACUACAGUUUCUUAUAGCUCUUAUUGUGUCCCUUACUCACACUAAUACAAUGUAGGCAGGGGCAACUGUUCCCCCAUUUGAUGACUGUAUACCUUUGUUCAUUUGCAGAGGAAUUUACUGAUCAUGAGGUUGAAAAAUCUGUACUUGCUCAUUAUGUCUUAAUAAUUUUAAAUGUCUAAAUGUGGCAGAAAGUCUGUCUUGGUGAAGAAAACUUGCAAAGCCACUUUAGUGCAUUCUGUAUUUUAAAUUUGAGAUUUGUAUGUUUGUACACAACAUUGUGUUUUUUAUUAAAGUGAUGUACAAAGACUGAAA